AGCAGAGCCGCCCGGCGCCGGACGUCAGCGCGGGGAGGGGGGAGGCCGCUCCGGCUCGGUCGCUGAGGCAGCGGGAGCCUCAGCAGCAUCCCUGAACGCCAGGCAGUCAAACCCCUCCUCCCCGCCUCCCGCUCCUUUUCUCCCUCCCUGCCUCCUUUGCAAAGAUGGCAACCGAGGGGCUGCACGAGAACGAGACCUUGGCAUCGCUGAAGAACGAGGCCGAGAGCCUGAAGGGCAAGCUGGAGGAGGAGAGGGCCAAGCUGCACGACGUGGAGCUUCACCAGGUGGCAGAACGCGUGGAGGCCCUGGGCCAGUUCGUGAUGAAGACCAGAAGAACCCUGAAGGGCCAUGGAAAUAAAGUGCUCUGCAUGGACUGGUGCAAAGACAAAAGAAGAAUUGUGAGCUCUUCCCAGGACGGGAAGGUGAUCGUGUGGGAUUCCUUCACCACCAACAAGGAACACGCAGUGACGAUGCCGUGUACCUGGGUGAUGGCGUGUGCGUAUGCCCCGUCCGGAUGUGCCAUUGCUUGUGGAGGCCUGGACAACAAGUGUUCUGUGUACCCACUGACAUUUGACAAAAAUGAAAAUAUGGCUGCAAAGAAGAAAUCCGUUGCAAUGCACACAAACUACUUGUCUGCCUGCAGCUUCACUAACUCAGACAUGCAGAUCCUGACAGCAAGUGGAGAUGGGACUUGUGCACUCUGGGAUGUUGAGAGUGGGCAGCUUCUACAGAGUUUCCAUGGUCAUGGAGCUGAUGUCCUGUGUCUGGAUCUGGCCCCUUCUGAAACAGGGAAUACCUUCGUUUCUGGGGGAUGUGACAAGAAAGCCAUGGUGUGGGAUAUGCGCUCUGGUCAGUGCAUCCAGUCAUUUGAAACCCAUGAUUCUGAUAUCAACAGUGUCAGAUAUUACCCAAGUGGAGAUGCUUUUGCCUCUGGUUCAGACGAUGCCACGUGUCGUUUAUAUGACCUUCGUGCAGAUAGAGAAGUAGCAAUUUAUUCCAAGGAGAGCAUCAUUUUUGGAGCAUCUAGUGUGGACUUCUCCCUCAGCGGUCGUCUACUGUUUGCAGGUUAUAAUGAUUACACCAUAAAUGUCUGGGAUGUGCUGAAAGGGUCUCGUGUGUCCAUUCUGUUUGGCCAUGAAAAUCGUGUUAGCACCUUGCGUGUGUCUCCUGAUGGGACAGCGUUCUGCUCAGGAUCCUGGGACCACACUCUGAGAAUCUGGGCUUAACCUGAGAUCCUGUAUCUAAAAUCAAAUGAAGACUUAUAUCCUGGACUACAAAAGCUGCAUAAAAACCACCCCAAAAAUCAAAUAUUUGCUACACUAUAAAAUGGUGAUACUGAAACCACAGAUUAACACAACUAGGUAAAAAAAUGUAAUCUGCUUGAACACGUAGCAACCAUCAACUUGUAGUAAAAUGAAAUGUUUUUAAUUCUGUUUUUGAAACUACCUUCUUCUACUAGAACUAGUUUAGAUAAAUAUAAAAAGAGACUUUUCUGUGAAGUCAUCUGUAUGAUAGAUAUGAGUACUUCUGUGCACAUUAUGUAUUUAUUUGCAUGAAUUGAGUUUCUUUUUAUGGUAAAUUUAAAACAAACAAACAAAAAAGAUUCCUGAUUUUAUUUUAUCAGGGUGUAGCAUAGGACUUUGGAAAUGUUCCAUAGUAGUGCGUUGAAUUUUGUUAUUGAGAAGUGGAAAGAAAAACAACUCUCUGAUACUUUAUGAUGGCAUUAUGGAUGGCUGAACCUUGGUACUAAGUAGAGCAGCAAAGGGCCCACUGUGAAGGUACAGGCUGUUGUGAUAAAAAGGUAUUUUUUGUACAAAAAAUGAAUCCUUUCAAUCUCUGUUUUUUCCUACUUCCUUUUUAGAUAGAAAUAAGUAUUUCAUCUCUGUUAUCUGAAUUUAAAGACUCUAAAUGUAUACAAAAAGAUUAACUGCAAAGUCGAGGGAUAUAAACAUGAUUUACAUAAUCAUGAGGUACUAUUUUAACCAGUAGUUUCUUAGAAAUUUUUAAUUGUAUCACUUGAUGAGUGAAUUUUCUUUUACGUAAAGGGAUACUACAUGCUGAGCACUAGGCACCAUUAUGCUGAUGGUCAAGUCUUCUCCAAGUCAGUCAUAGCCAUUCUAUGAUCAUGAUUCUUAUUUACAUGUUGGCCAGUUCACACCACUUUGGCAGGGUAAUAUAGCCUUAAAUGUGUAUAAAGGCAAUAUAUUCCCAUUUUAAGGUCCUUUUGCCAUAUGACAGCAGUAUAAGUUAAUGUAAAUACAGAUCAGACCUUACAAGCCGAAUUCUAUAGUCCUUAUUCUAACAGAUCUCUUACUGAAGUGAAGGCAGUUUUGUCAUAAUUAGGCCUCGGCAUAAACAACAGUGAUUAGUUGAAGAACUGCUGUAAGUCAUGGUCCUGUAAACAUGUGAUACAAGUACCAUGCUUACCUGAACGAGCAAUCGCAGCAGAUCGAUGAGCAGGUAGGUUUUAGGGAAGCGGUGUAACUGGCCACGUGUGCUUGCAGGACCUGGCUCUCUGUGUGAACGUCAUAAUGUGAUAUAAACCAGCAGGACUGGAGCCACGUGGAGCCAACGCUGUAGAAUUAAGAUAUAUUCAGGUAAAAUGGAGAUAUAGUUAAUUAUAGAACUAUUGGAAAAUUCUAUCUGUAUUCAUACAUUGGAAGCUAUUGAGACUAGAAUGUGUCACCUUUGCUCGUACGGAUGGGUGCCGAGUUGAGCUGAACAGAGGUACUUAGGGAGUGAAGUAUGGGAGUAAUGCUGGGGGCCAGCAGAGUCUGGCCUCCAAAAUGCAAGUAAUAAGAUACAUAUCUGAAAAGUUGAAAGAUAUGAUUUAUAUUUAGUUUGAAACAACAGUAAACAGACAAUCACUGGAGUUGGCUGUUCACAUAAGUUAGAUGUUCAAUAACCUAAUUAUAUUUAAAAACGGGAUUUUUUUUAAUUGUAUAAAAACUGUUUUAGAAAAGAAGUCUCCUCUUUCAUGAAAACAUUAGGUUCCAUGAAUCCAUGACCAAUUAUGGCCAUUUCAAGGGAAAGGUCAGCUUUCAGUCCCUAAUGAAAUAAUUCAGCUGUUUCCGCUUGGAAAAGUCAACUCCAGUGCUUUGCAAUAUUUGUGGUAAACUGUCCCUGUAAAAAAAAUGAAUGCACUAUGGAAAAUGUAAUGUCAUAUAGAGCUCACUGUGCAAUACUGAGUCACUACACUGUACACAUUUGAUCAAAAGAUGAAUAUUAAUGUUUAGAUAGUAUUUAUUGGUAAGAUAUUUGUUUUGAACAUACUACAUUGUGUUGAUACUUAUGAAUGGCCUAAAUAUAAUAAAUUGUAUUUUACAUAUUGAGAA